AUGAUCGUAUGUCUACUCCUCUUCAUGGUCGGUGACAAGACCUUCUACUACGGUGCACUCGCCUACAGCUCACUCGUUUUGGUGCUCUUCUUGCUCCGCUCGGUCUCUCACUUCAUGUUCGACACGUCCGGAUCGUAUGGGUCCGACGAGGGAAGGAAACGAAAAUUGAUACUCGUCGCAUUUGUUGUCAUCACUCAACCGCUGAUUAUGUGGUGGUUGACGAGGAGUAUCGGGAAUUCCAAGAUCUGGAUGUCUGGAUACACAGACAGACAUUCGGGACAUCCGGAUCAACAGAACGUCGCUAGCAACUACGACUACGACAAAUUCGGCCUCGCCCAGCUGGCUCUCUCCAAAAUGACCGGCGGAUCUGGAGGAAAAGCGAAACAAUUUAUGACGAACGAUGGGGAAAUCGAUUAUGAAGCAUUGCUGAAAAUGCCGAAGGACGAUUUCGAAGGAAUGUAA